GGUCGGAGGCCCCGCCCCCGGCGGCUGGUGAGCAGUGCAGCCGGCUGGCUGAGAGCAGAUGGUCGGAGCCGGUAGCACGGUGCGGCCGCAGGAUGAAUGGUGGCGCCUGUUCCAUGUUUGACACCAAGGAGCGGGUGCUGAAACUCGGGGAGAGCUUCGAGAAGCAGCCGCGGUCCGGAUUCCACACGAUCCGAUAUGAUUUUAAGCCGGCGUCCAUAGACACGUCCUGUGAAGGAGACCUGGAGGUGGGGAAAGGAGAGCAGGUGACAAUCACCCUCCCGAAUCUAGAGGGAUCCACUGCUCCGGUCACCGUAUUUAAAGGGUCCAAGCGGCCGUACAUGCGAGAAUGCAUCCUGAUUGUGAACCAUGACACGGGCGAGUGCCGGCUGGAGAAGCUGAGCAGUAACAUCAGUGUGAAGAGGACCAGAGCUGAAGGAAGCAGCAAGGUCCAGUCCCGCAUCGAGCAGCAGCAGCAACAGAUGAGAAAUGCCAGCAAGACUCCGACCGGCGGCAAAACCUCCUCCCCCACGUCUCCAAUGGAUGACAUAGAGCGAGAGCUGAUGGCGGAGGCUAGCGUCAUUGACCGGAUGAGCAGCUCGGGCAGUUCAUCAGAGUCCAAGAGUUCAUCGUCCUCCAGCAGCGACAGCUCCAGCGACUCCGAGGGCGAGGGGAACAAGUCUUCACACUCCAACUCCCGGGUGCAGCAGUCCUCAUCCAGCACGGAGAGCGGGAAGCCUCAAGAUGGCGGGAAGCAGCUGAUGAGCACCCUGAGGAAUGACCUGCAGCUGAGUGAAUCGGGCAGUGACAGCGAUGACUGAGCCCCAGAGCUGACGCUUCGUUCGCCGGCUCGUGUGACAGCGUUGUGUGUUUUGCACUAGAUCUUUAUGACGGAGAUGAAUUUCGUGACCUCGGUCUGGGGGGGGGACCGCCGCCGCCGCCCCCUACAGUCACUGCCUCUCAUUACUUCAGGACAGAGUUCUGCUGCAGUUUUCUUCCUCUUCUGUUUUAUUGACUGAUGGAAAGCGAGAAACCGCGGAAGCUGCGGGCAGAGGGCCUUCCCCCGUCCUGGAGACUCCUCUCAGUAUUCCUCCUUAUUCCUUUUAUUAUUAUUUUUUCAACUGAACACGAACCAAAGUGCAAUAAAAUCUACAGCGUCUCAUUAUC